GGGGCCUCAGGCUCCCACAAGGUGGCGAGAUUGGCACCUGGCCUGAAGCACGCUGUUGUCCACCGGACCCGACCAAGGUGGGCAAACAGGGCUCUGCACAGCCUGGGGAGACAGCUCCAGCACCUUGUGGAACUGAAGAGCCUGGACGCUGUUAAAAACAGUACAAGAAAGGAACUUCAUUUCGCUUUGGAGCACUUGGUCGGGGGUUAGAGGGCCCAAUGGCUUCAAAAUCCCAGCCCAAAGUACCCAAAACUGGGAGCCCAGCGAGCUUCACCAAUGGCAAGGCUGAAUCUCAGGGACAGUGGGGCCGCGCCUGGGAAGUGGACUGGUUCUCCCUGGCCAGCGUCAUGUUCCUGCUGCUCUUCGCACCCUUCAUUGUAUACUACUUCAUCAUGGCGUGUGACCAGUACAGCUGCUCUCUGACUGCCCCUGUGCUGCACGUAAUCACUGGGCAUGCCAGUCUCGCAGACAUCUGGGCCAAGACCCCACCUGUGACAAUGAAAGCUGCCCAGAUCUACACCUUGUGGGUCACCUUCCAGGUGCUUCUGUACAUGUUGCUGCCCGACUUCUGCCACAAAUUUGUGCCAGGCUACGUGGGAGGAGUUCAGGAGGGGGCGGUGACACCUGCAGGAGUUGUCAACAAGUAUCAGGUCAAUGGCCUCCAAGCCUGGCUCAUCACACAUCUCCUCUGGUUUGCUAACUCCCACUUCCUGUUCUGGUUCUCACCCACCAUCAUCUUUGACAACUGGAUCCCACUGCUAUGGUGUGCCAACAUCCUUGGCUAUGCUGUGUCCACGUUUGUCAUGAUCAAGGGCUACCUCUUCCCCACCAACGCCAACGACUGCAAAUUCACAGGCAACUUCUUUUACAACUACAUGAUGGGUAUUGAGUUUAACCCUCGAAUUGGGAAGUGGUUUGACUUCAAGCUGUUCUUCAACGGACGCCCUGGGAUUGUGGCGUGGACCCUUAUCAACCUGUCCUAUGCAGCGAAGCAGCAGGAGCUGUAUGGCCAGGUGACCAACUCCAUGGUCCUGGUCAAUGUCCUACAGGCCAUCUAUGUGCUGGACUUCUUCUGGAAUGAAACCUGGUACCUGAAGACCAUUGACAUCUGUCAUGACCACUUCGGCUGGUACCUGGGCUGGGGCGACUGUGUGUGGCUGCCCUAUCUGUAUACAUUGCAGGGUCUGUAUCUGGUGUACCACCCCGUGCAGCUCUCCACCCCUCACGCUGUGGGCGUCCUGGCACUCGGCCUGCUGGGCUACUACAUCUUCCGCAUGGCCAACCAUCAGAAGGACCUAUUCCGCAGGACGGAUGGGCGCUGCCUCAUCUGGGGCCAGAAGCCCAAGGCCAUUGAGUGCUCGUACACGUCGGCUGAUGGCCAGAAGCAUCACAGUAAGCUGCUAGUGUCAGGCUUCUGGGGCAUGGCCCGCCACCUCAACUACACGGGCGAUCUGUUGGGCAGCCUGGCCUACUGCCUGGCCUGUGGCGGGAGCCACCUCCUGCCCUACUUCUACUUCAUCUACAUGACCAUCCUGCUGACCCAUCGCUGCCUCCGCGACGAGCACCGCUGCGCCAGCAAGUACGGCCGGGACUGGGCACGCUACACUGCCGCUGUGCCCUACCGCCUGCUACCUGGCAUCUUCUAAGAGAGCAUCCCUUGACAGCUCCGGGGUUGGCAGACUCUAGAAAAGCAUGUGGAGCUGGUCGAUGGGAGCGUGCCCUCCAGAGCCUCAGUUUCCUCAUCUGUGAGACAGAAAGAGCCUGGCACUUGGCAGGUGUCCAGCUGACGCUAGCACUCAUUCCAUCCCCUGUCCUCAGGGGAGCUCUGACUACACCAGCUGCCUUCCCAUCAGCACAAAGGACUGCUUUUCUCUGUUGGGUAUGCCACGGGCAGGCGGGUGACCUGGUCACCUGGAAUAGCCUUGGUAACAGUUUUUUGUAUCAGGAGUCCAGGGUGUCUCUCUGUCUGGACAAAGGAGUGUCUGGGCCUCACCAGGCCACCUUCUGGCUCCCACUGCUUAGGCCUUAUUCUUACUAAACAAAAGUUUGUGGGAUCCGUAAGGUGUGCAGGGUGUCCACGUCUGCCUUUGGCAUCUGCCCCGCUGUGGUGGGCCAGGCUCUUGGUGCGGCACUCUUUUGAAGGGCACACAGUGUGUUAGCAGACGGUGCCGAGCGACACUUGCGAGAGGAAGGGGCUUCUGAUUGGUUCCUUCUCAUUCCAUGCACAGCUGGCUGCCAGGGGUGUGGCAUGUGACAUUUGAGGGCACCUCCCAGCAUGCAGGCCCUGGGCGGCCCAGCCAUAGCCCUUCUGACACAGACAGUGGGCUCCCAGGGCCCCGCUCCUGUGGGUGUCACUCAGUGCCUCAGCCACAUGUCCUCCGGAAUGUGUCACCAGCUGUACAAGGCAUAGAUGCAAGUGCAGAUGGCUCAGAGGAUGUCACCAUCCAGGGGCGCUGGCCAAACCUCCUGCAGCAAGGAGUCCUGGCCUUCAAGUGUUUCUUACCAGGGACAGUGCCCUCAACCUCAGGACACCCUAAACCUCUUUGGGUAUAAUUCUCUUGCAUAGCUGAUAAUUCUUUAUAUUAAAUGUUCCCUGCUCAAAUAAAUGAUGGUGUAGUUUCUGUCCUGGAGAGCCUGGCCAAUCCCUCAGGGCUGAGGUAUGGGAUACAGAAGGGGGCCCAGG